AUGUCUAGAUUUGUUCGUUCUUCAAAAUUCAGACACGUAUUUGGUACAAGUUUAAAACAUGACACUUGUUUUGAUAAUGUCAAAGUAUCAUCGAGUGCAUGGGAUACCAAUCUUGUGAAAGUUAAUUCAACAUUUGUUGCCAUUAAUUGGAAUGCUGGCGGUGGUGGCGCGUUUGCUGUUAUUCCUUUUAAGAAUUCUGGCAAAAUUAGUGAUGGAAUUCCACUUUAUCGUUCACAUACUGCACCAGUUUUGGAUACCGAUUUUGCAAAUUUUAAUGAAUAUGUAGUUGCCUCAGCUUCUGAAGAUUCUAAAAUAAUGAUUUGGAAUGUACCAGAAGAACUUGGCGAGCCUGAAAGUCCUGAUGUUGAACCUGUUGCUAAAUUAACAGGUCAUGGAAGGAAAGUUGGUCAUGUUUUAUUUCAUCCUGUAGCAGAUAAUGUUUUAGCAUCAUCGUCUGCAGAUUUAACUGUAAAAUUAUGGGAUAUUGAAAAGGGCAUCGAGAAACAACAACUAGAAGGAUUCCUUGACUUUGUACAAUCAAUGUCUUGGAAUUGGAAUGGAAGUUUAUUGGCGACAACAUCUCGAGACAAAAGAAUUCGCAUUUUCGAUGUAAGAUCAAGCAAAGUGGUCCAAGAAGCAUCUGGCCAUCAAGGCGUUAAAGGCUCUAGAAUUGUUUGGCUAGGAAAUACUGAUAGAUUCGUAACAACAGGUUUUUCAAAGAUGAGCGAUCGGCAAGUGUUUCUAUGGAAUACGAAUGAUUUGGAAAAACCGAUUAAAAAUAUGAUGUUAGACACAUCUUCUGGUAUUGUAAUGCCAUUUUACGAUGAAGAUACAAAGAUAUUAUUUUUGGCUGGCAAGAACGAUGAGCUACAUUACUUAUCAGAAUACAAAUCAUCUGAACCUCAACGUGGGAUGUCAUUUUUACCCAAAAGAUCUGUUAAUAUUUCAGAAUGUGAAAUUGCUAGAGCUUAUAAAGUUGCAAAUAAUUUAAUAGAACCAAUUUCUUUUGUUGUUCCACGAAAGUCUGACGCUUUUCAAGCGGAUUUAUUUCCACCAACAAUUGGUGAUGAACCAGCUCUUACAGCAGACGAAUUUUUCGAAGGUAAAAAUUCAAAUCCAAAGAUGAUUGAUUUAGAAAAAGGGUUUCAAUAUGAAGAGGCAUAUCAUCAAUUACGUCAAGAAAAUGAUGAUUUACGAAAACAACUGGCACAACGUGAUAUUUCAAUCCGUGCUUUAACAGCUCAAUUGGAACAUUUAAAGACUUCCUCUCCAUCCUAA